UCAAUUUUCCGCUCUGCUUUCUAGGUUUUGGGCGACAGCGAGAUGGGCGAAGAGCUCGAUCCUCUUCUCGCUGCCUACGGCCGGGAGGUAAAGCAUGCCAGGCUCCAGGACCGCUGCCUCCACAUCCCGUCUGGGUUCUUGGGCCAUUACAACCUGUCCAAGCUCUGGGUCCAUCCAAACUACCUUUUCAUGGAUCAGUUCAUUGCGGAGAAGUGGAGCAGGGUCGUGAAUGAGAGGAAAGGGUUGAAGAACUUCCACAUUGUCUCAACGCCAGGUAUCGGCAAGACGUUCUAUGGCCACUACUUCUUUCACAGUAGAGCUCAGGAAGGACAGAAAGUAGUUUGGAGGACGAAAGAUGACAAUCCAGACUUCUUUUUCUUCGACUUCUCGCUGGAUGACCCUCUAGUGCUGCAAUCGAAAUGGUAUACACGACCGCGGGGGUGGGACAUGACGAGUGUCUGGCUCAUCGUCGACGGGGGCUCGAGGGGAAUAAGUCACCUGGGGCCUCUCAUCCAAUGCGUCUCACCGGAUCGCACUGGCUACUACGAGUUCUCCAAGGACCAUGGCUAUAUAUGCCGCCUGGAAGCCUGGUCGCUCGAGGAGGUGCAGCAGUGCAACGAGGAGCUUGAGCUGGGAAUGACAGACGAGGAAAUUGGUCUCCGCUUUUACCACUGUGGUGGGCUACCAAGGCUUCUCUUCAACACGGAGAAGUUCUCGUUGGCCGGGCUCAAAGCGGAGGUGCACCAAGCAGCGUCAAGGGUGGAAUGCUGGCGGAAAGUGCUUGACUGCGCAAUGAACUCGGACAAGGUCUCUAAUGUUUCUGAUAUUCUGCUCCACUACCGUCUUACGACUGACAGAUUCGACUUGAACACACCUGCGUGUUACCGGGUGCUGCACGCUCACUUGGUGUUUGGCUCGGACUACAUCCAGAAGUUGGCUUUUGAAAAGUUCGAGGAGCAGGGGUUUCAGGCUUCGCGUGACUUCUUUGACUUUUGCCAGGGACAUGCGGUUGCAAACUCUUUGGCGGGCAAAAUGUACGAGAAGCACGUCCACAAGGUACUUGCUAGUGGAGGUUCCCAGUUUGACCUUCGGUCCUUGGAAGAGGAAGACGACGGCGUUGAACGCUUCGUUCUGAGGCCAACGUCAGUGAAGCGGCUGCGCGAGUGGAAAGUGUUCGUAAAGAAGCGCUGCGUGGGGUCUGGUUUCAACAUAUACUCCAAGGACGUGAGUCCUGUGGACGCUCAUCGUGCGGGGACGGAGGAAUCACGGGGCCUUGCAGGCUUACCUGACAGUUGCUUUGUGGAGCCUUAUGCGUCAAACCAGAAAUCUUUCGAUUCGCUGGUCACUCCGGACAUAAUUCUCCAGGUUACAACGUCGGACACGCAUCCGGUCUAUUGGUCCAAGAUCCACGAGGUCGCUCAGGGGUUGGAUGAGUUGCAUGAUGAGCUCGAGCUCAUGCGUCCCAACAAGUACAAACUCAUCUUCGUUGUUCCGGAGUCUAGUUUUGAGGGAUACACGUACCAGGGCUUCAAGAAAGAUGAUGGAUCAAUGUAUCAGAGGGCUGUUGCUGGGAUGGACAGGGUCCAUCAGUAUGUGAUGACGGUUCCAUGGACGUCGUCCUGAUUUUCAGCAUGGAAGUCUUUGUCUAUAUGAAAAAAAUUAAAGUUGGUAGUUAAGUCUUUACUACAAAA